AUGGCAAAGAAGAGGAGUAGAGCCCAGAUGAGUACUCCGGACAACGACCACGUAGCUAGUGGUGCUAAUGCUGGCAAUGAUACAAGUCAAGCUGGUGGGUUGUUUGCUCCGUUUGCUAAGAUGGUGAAGAGAGUUGUUGGGAUCUUCAAACCAUCGCGAUAUAAUGCAGACUCUGUUAAUAAUAUUAUCGCAAAUGAAUCAAAUCAUGUUCAUCCUAUCGAAUAUCAUAUUCCUCACGUCGAUUACAAUCCAAACACCGAUAAAGACACCUCGAAUAGUCACAGUCCCGAUCAACCCAUACAAUCAAUCUAUCCAAAUCCUUCAAUAAUAUCGGAUUUUUUGCCACCAUCAUCUCCAGUAGCACCACCAUCAUCAGCUCUAGCCAUUCAGCCACCCGAAGGUCCAACUGAUGUGACAAAGCGUACUGCUCCAGACCCCAAGAGAUUCUCCAAAAGGAUUCAAAAGGGCAAAGAAAAAGCUCAAUCUACCCAAUACAGCCCUCUGAACGUUAUUGCUACUGCCUCUACUAUUGAUAGUGCUAGUACCAAUGUCGCGAGUUCCACCACCAGUAAUGGAGCGAGCACGGCAACCACUACCAAUGCUCCUUCAACAAUACCAGAAGCACCUGUAAUGCCCACGACUCUCUUUGAUGGAGAAAGACGAGACUAUACUUCGUAUUCAAAAGGAGGCAUCACAUUGCUAGACAGAGAGAAGGAAAAGCGAAAGGCGCAAGCCUUGAACACCCUUUACAAAUCAUACUUGCCUUCAUUCGCAACUUCAAAGCAGCUAGGCUUUGACCGCCCGCAAGAGGACUUUGAUAGUGAGCUGUUGAGGUUUUCGAGAAGAACUUCAUACACUGACGUGUUUACUCCAGGUUUUGUGGAUUACCAAGUCCAGUUGAUCAACGAAAGGAGAAAGAAAGCUGUGCCAUUGGCCACAAUCAAAAUGCCCGAAUUAUUAUCCAACUUGAAUGCGCAACCAUCUUUUGCAACUCCCAUUAGCCAAGUGGCGCGUAUCUUUCAAACACCUGCCAGCGAGUUGGCGCGAGAGCCAUUAUGGAUUCGUGAUUUGAGAAAGAAAGCUGAAUCGAUAGAGAGAGCUGACAUCUCUCUCAAGGGUGGAGAACUUGCCUUGCAGUACAUUAGCAAACUUGAGGCCCAAGAAGACGAGCGUGAUGCUGAGAUUGAACUACUGCGCAAAUCUUCACGUGCACGUCCACGCAGACCUGAGAAUUUUCCCAUUCUCACAUCAGAACAAGAUUCAAAGGUGAAGAGCUUACUGGCUGCAGGUCCAGAUCGAGAAGUCAUCAAUAAGUUCAACAUUGACCUGAAAAAGAGUGAUCUUGCAACACUCAGAGGCACAGAGUGGUUGAAUGACGAGGUUAUCAACUUUUAUGGAGCCAUGAUCAUGGAUCGAUCCAAACAGAGCAUUGGGAAACUUCCCAAAAUCCACUUCUACAACUCAUUUUUUUACGAGUUUCUGGAAAGGAGUGGGUAUGAGAAGGUCAAGAAAUGGAGUAAAAAGGUUAAACCAUCCUUCUGGGAACAAGAUUACAUCAUGUUUCCUGUACACUUGGGCAUGCAUUGGUGUUGUGGCAUGAUCAACUUGAAGAAGCAACGAAUCGAAUAUUAUGACUCGAUGCAUGGUGUUGAUACGAAUGACUAUUGUCCUAAAAGCAUCCCUGUACAAAUGAAUGGCUAUGAUUGUGGAGUAUUUACUUGUAUGUUUGCCGAAUAUCUAGCAAGGGAAGAAGAAUUCGAUUUUGUCCAAAACGACAUGCCCGAUCUACGUAAACGUGUCGUAUACGAGCUCUCGACUGCCACUCUACUCCUCUAA